UCAUGCGCGGGGCCAGUCCCGCCCUUUCGGCCUGAGCGGCAGCGGCGUUUCAUUCCCGGCGGCUCCGGCGCGGCGCGAACAUGGCGGACCAGGCCAUCUCCUUCCUCAAGGACUUUCUGGCGGGCGGUGUCGCCGCCGCUAUCAGCAAGACGGCGGUAGCGCCCAUCGAGCGAGUCAAGCUCCUGCUGCAGGUACAACAUGCAAGUAAACAAAUUGCUGCUGAUAAGCAGUACAAGGGUAUCAUCGAUUGUGUAGUGCGUAUUCCAAAGGAACAGGGAAUGCUGUCUUUCUGGCGAGGAAACUUGGCAAACGUCAUCAGAUAUUUCCCAACUCAAGCUCUCAACUUUGCCUUCAAGGAUAAGUAUAAGCAGGUGUUCUUGGGAGGCGUAGACAAGCACACUCAGUUCUGGAGGUAUUUUGCUGGUAACCUGGCUUCUGGUGGAGCAGCAGGAGCCACUUCCCUCUGCUUUGUCUACCCCUUGGAUUUUGCAAGAACCCGUUUGGCUGCUGAUGUUGGGAAAGCUGGUGCAGACAGAGAAUUCUCUGGUCUAGGGGACUGUCUAGUGAAAAUCACCAAGUCUGAUGGUAUACGUGGCUUGUAUCAAGGGUUCAAUGUCUCUGUCCAAGGCAUCAUCAUCUAUAGAGCUGCCUACUUUGGGAUCUAUGAUACAGCAAAAGGCAUGCUCCCAGAUCCUAGGAACACUCACAUUGUUAUCAGCUGGAUGAUUGCCCAGUCGGUGACUGCUGUGGCUGGAGUGGUCUCCUAUCCCUUCGAUACAGUGCGGCGCAGAAUGAUGAUGCAGUCAGGACGCAAAGGAGCUGAUAUCAUGUACUCUGGAACAAUUGACUGCUGGCGGAAGAUUGCAAAGGAUGAGGGAGGAAAGGCCUUCUUCAAGGGUGCAUGGUCUAAUGUCCUCAGAGGCAUGGGGGGUGCUUUUGUGCUUGUGCUGUACGAUGAAUUCAAGAAAGUCAUUUAAACAGCCUAACUAGAAUUGGAAAUGAAAUUGAACAGAUCAUGUAGAAUAACUACCAUUAUGGACCAUUGACCUUCAAGAAAUUCCUGUGAGUCUUAUUUAUGGGAGCCAGAUGAUAUUUGAAGAUGGGGCUAGAAACUGGCAUAGAAGACUGAUCUGUUUCUUAGUAACAUGCAUGAAGACACUGAAUCUGGCAAUUCAGUGUGGUGAAUUUUUUUUCACAGCAAUGAGAAAUCAGUGGUGUUGGCUUUGGGUCCAAAGUGGAUGGGUCCAAUUCAGGCAGAAAAAAAUUGUUUGCCUGUGGAUCAGUCUCCAGUUUCAAGUCCUAUCUUCUAGGACCAUAAAAUUGUAUUUGAAAAUACUUGCUAACAAAUCAUGUUCUUUUCCACUUGUACCGAAGCACUAUGUACCAUUUUGCACAGCUGAACAUCUAGCAAUUUUGUUCUUAAAUUGGGGCAUUCUGCUGUAAAACAAUAAACAUACUUACUCUGUCUGUGUUGAAAUCAUUACAUAAAAGCUUUGGGAAAACCUCUUUUGUUUGAAAACUUGUUUCAGAUAAUGGUUCCUCUGAUACACUUAACACUGCACUCUGUAACAGUAUAAGCUUGAUUUAAAAAAAAAAAAUGAAUGUGAGAACUUUAGGGGAGGGGAAGCAUGGGUUAUACUAGUAGAAACCACUCCCAUUCAUUGUGCCUAAUAGUAUAAGAUGGGCUGCUGCAAGUGGCUUUUUGCAUGAUUCCUAGCAGUUUAUUUGCAGAAUUUCAUAUGAUUUAAUAUGGGGUGUUUCUAGUGCUAGGAGAACCCAAAUUUUCAAGGGCGGUCAAAAAGUAAUACUCUUCCUUGCCCCCUGUAAGACUGUCUAAAAUUAAUUCCUUUUUUCUUUUUAAUCAGUACAGAAAGCAACAUGGCAUUCAUGCAAAAACCCAAGAGCCUAGUAAAUGCCUUCAACUUCUGAGUAACCUGUGGAUUGUAUUGCUGCUAUUUAGAAAUGCUGAUUGUGCCAGUUCAGGAUACUGUUUGGCUUGAUCUGUUGCAGUGGUCAGUAUCUCUGUGGAAGGUGGAUUUAUUUUGAAAUAAGGCUCACUCUAAGCAGUAAAGUUGAUGGAGUGUGUGAGAGGGAAUACAUAUUCUGUGGCUGUAAAAUACAGGUCAAGGUAGAUCAGCCUUUGAUAUUAACAGGAUUGUCGGAAGACCAAAAUUGCAUUGACUAAUUUCUCAUACUGCUAUUUGAGAUAAUGUAAUACCUAUGUGCCCUUCUUCAUAUGUAUAUAAUCUUUCUUUUGUGUUUUGUGAUCUGUAAAGACAUGGUAGGGGGACCAGUAAAGGGAAACAAAGUGAAUUUCCAACCAUGUUUUUAAGAACUCUCCCUCUAUCUUGAGAAGGAAACGGUGUGUCACUGUAUGAGUCAUUGAAGGCUGGCUGAGCCAUCUGAGUUCUUUUGUGUGCCUUCUGAGGUUGCUAUUCAAGAUGAAGUGUUUAAAUUAACUACAUGGCUUUGGCUGAUUAUUACCUUCUGCUGAAAUCAUAAUUUACCAUUUUCCUUUCACUGUUGCAGAAGCACUGCUUGCAACAUCCGUAUGUGAAUGUAAGUAUAUUGCACAGCUACUUUGUACACAGACUAAUAGCAAUCCUUAUGCUCCUACUGCAAGCGUUUUUAUCCUGUUUGGUAAUGCUAGCUCUGCAGGCAGGUCCCUUGAUGCUGACCUUAGUAGUCAAUCUGCUUUUUCAGUUUUAACCACACGGACUGGGGAGGGGCAGGGGAAGAGUUUCUGUCUAUACAAACACAUCGCUUGGGUUUAUUUUUAUGCAUCAGUGGCUUGAAGAAUAGAGAUAAUGGUAGAAUACAUCCUGUUACCUCAUUGUGAGUGUGGUGGCCUAAGCUUUGUGAGGAAGAACCAAACAUGACAAUUACUUGAGCAGCCCCUGAAAGUGGGAGAUGUUUUGCCUCUUCCCUCCCCUCCCCAGCUAGGUUUUAACCAGAAGAAAUAGGAAAAUGAAUCAAUGCAAGUGUGGGUGUUUUUGUCGUCUUUUUUCUUCUAAGUGGAACUGCAGUUUACCUAAGCUGUGCAUUCAGCAUGUAGUACUUGCUGUUAGGUUUUGGUUUUUUGGUUUUUUUUUUUUUUUACUAUAUGCAUUCCCCUAGCUGUGCAGCAGCAAUUUUCAAUGUGUGAUUAUGCAGUGUGGGAACAUAAAAGGCAAACAAUAAAUGAGACUUUU